CUUUCCAGUCGUAGAAGAACUUCCUUCUCAACGCGUGUGCUCUUGGUGGAUGCACGUUGUCAGCGGCAGAGAUAACAUCGUGUUUGUUUAAUCCUAAACUAUUAAAUCGGUGUUUUACCUUGUCACAAAAUGACCAAGAUCAAGAAGGAAAAGGGAGUCGAGGAGGAGACCGGAGUCCCAGAGAAGUCUUACCAGGAACUGAUUGCUAAUGUGAACCCGAUUGCCCAACCUCUGGCUUCAAAGAAACUUAGCAAGAAACUGUACAAGUGUGUGAAAAAAGCCUCAAAGCUGAAACAAAUACGGCGAGGAGUGAAAGAAGUCCAGAAGUUUAUAAACAAAGGCGAAAAGGGGAUUGUGGUGUUGGCGGGGGACACGCUGCCUAUCGAUGUGUAUUGCCACCUCCCCGUCAUGUGUGAGGACAGGAGUAUGCCAUACGCCUACAUCCCCUCCAAAGUGGAUCUGGGUUCGUCUGCGGGUUCCAAGCGGCCGACGUGUGUGAUCAUGAUUAAGCCUCAUGAUGACUAUAAGGAGUCCUACGAUGAGUGUCUGGAGGAGGUGACAGCACUCCCCAAACCCUGCUGAACAGGAGUGUGUGUGUGUGUGUGUGUGUGUGUGUGUGUGUGUGUGUGUGUGUGUGUGUGUGUGUGUGUGGGAGGUGACCGCACU